CAGAUGGCGUAUGGGAAAGAAAUCCGGGCGUAAACAUCUCGAACGCUGGUGCAGGAAAAUUGUCGAUUAAUUGCCUGCCGGAAGAGAGGGAUUUUUCCAUGUUUGCCAGCGUGAUUUGGUAGCAGCGCAGAAGAAGCAGCCGAUCAUCCGAACACCAACCAUGCCAACGAUCAUCGCCCUCGACGUGUCGCUGUCGAUGUCGCGCCCCAUUCCGAACCAAACAACAGGCACCGGUGGGCCUGGAGGUUCGGGCUCGGAAAAUGUGCUCACCUACCAUCAGCUGGCCAUACAGGGCGUCAACUACAUACUGGACUAUCUUUCCAAGCACGCCCGGCUGGAAUUUGUGUCCCUGAUCAUCUAUUCGUCGCUGUACGAGGUGUUGGUGGACUUUACGCGUGAUUACGACACGAUCCGGCAAGCGCUGCACAAGAUCGAGCACUACGACAAGACGAGCCUCGAGAACGUGCUGGUGGCGGUGAACAACGCGUUCAAGACGCACUGGGGCAGCCAGAACUACUGCCAGAUCAUCUUCAUCACCGACUGUGGCGUCGGCAUGGGACCGAGCUCGCUGAAGAACACGAUCAUCAACAUCCAGACGUACAAGGCGGCCUGUGUUGCGGCGGCUGCGGCCGCCACGGCUGCUGCUGCUGCUGCUGACGGGUCAUCCAAGGUGGCCACGAUCGGCAGUGCCGGCAGCGGUGCCGUCGUUCCACAGCCCUCCGAGAACCAGUGGGUUGGAUUUUCCUAUCCCAGCAAGCUGUCGUUCAUGUGUCUCGGUAGCCUGGCAACGGAUUCAGCGUUUCGCUGUGGCACAAAGCUGUACCAGCAGCUGCUGGACGUGAGCGGCCAGAAGGGGCAACUGUUUAUCCCACGCAUGAAGAUGAAGCACGAGAGUAGUGAGUCGGCAGGCGAUGAACCGUCGCCGAAUGUCGGAGAUGAUGGUGAGGAUGGGUUGCGCCAGUUGACACGGGCCUCCUCGCUGGAAGCGUUCGAAACCAUGUGCGACACCAACUACCGGCAGUUUGAGGCAACGCUUCGCUGUGGCGGAUACUUUCGGCUGGAAGACCCCAUCACCGUCUGGCCGGCACCGUUGCCCUACACUGCGCGCGAUCUGCUCGGAGCGGAGACGACGAAGCUGAUGUCCCGGCGCUUGGAGGUGUGUGGAUUUCUGCGCAUGGCGGACAUUGGAUCACCGAUGUCCGUUAGCAGACAUCUGGUACUGCCGCGCAGCAUUACGACUAGUAGCUCGGGCGGUGGCUCUUCCGAGCAGACUUCCGAGGGUGGAAAGGGACCAUCCACGAACGGUGGAUUAAAGAAUGGACAUGGUCACUCGUCUGCCGAGGAACGGCUCGAAGCUGACAUAAAAGCGUUCUACGCCAAAUCGGACGCCGGUGAGCAUCACGCGCACGACGACCACCACGGACUGGAUGGGGCGGACGUGAACAAGGAGUCGGUCUGCGUUCUACUGCACGGUGCGCUCAAGGUGGAAAACAUGGCCGCCCUGGUGCUGCUGGGGGACAGCUGGUACGGCUUCAUCUACUCGUACGCCGAUGGGAAGAAAAAGUGGAACCUCAUGCUGAACGUGCUUCCGCCCGGCAACGACGUAGUGCCGUGGCUGGGCGAUCUACGCUACCUCGGCACGCUGGAGGACGCCUUCCCGGGCGAAAAUCCUUCCUUCCCGAUCAAGGCGGACAAGCGCAGCUACUCGCAAACCAUCGUCGUGUGGAUACGCCAGGCAAGCCUGCAGUCGGACAUCCAGAAGGUGCUGCGGCACGCGAAGAAGCUGCCGGAAAAGACGCAACACUUCUACAAGGAGCUGAACCGGAUUCGGCGCGCCGCCCUGUCGCUCGGGUUCGUCGAGCUGCUCGAGGGGCUGGCCAACAUUUUCGAGCGCGAAAUUAGCACGCUGCCGCUGAGCGCUUCGCCCGACUGCUCGAUGCAGCUGACGCACGCCGCGAUGGAGCUGCGCAAGACGAACAAUCGCGACCUGAAGUCCAUCAUACACGCGCUCCCGACGCAGUACAACCAGCUAGGUUAGCGAGAGAGAGAGAGAGAGAGAGAGGUUGUUGUGGAUGGAGCGAUUUGAGAAAUAAAUAAGUUAUUUUAGUAAAAAAAGGGUUGUUUGUUCAUUUCUUUCUUCCAGUUUUCCGAUGCGCUCUUUUCUUCAUGCUCGUUGCUUACUUUUCAAAUUUAGUUUUAUUCUCAGCGGUCCUCUUUUUAUUCUCAAUGUCCCAACGAGGUUCUCAUUUUCGGCUAAAUUUGUGUUGUGUGUGUGUUUUACUUUCACGAGAAGGUGCUCUCGAUUCCUUUUUGAGAUGUUUAUCUCUUCUUCUUUACUUGAUUUCUUUAAUUAUCAAUCAAUUUAAUAAUAUAAUAGUAUACAUUUUCUUUUCUGCUUUGUUUCGCUUUUGCUGAGGAGGGGGGCUGCCUUGUCUCAGCAUUCACUUUUCUAGCAAUUCUUUUUACACAGUGUUGUUUGAAGGUAGUAGUUUCUCUCUCCUCUAUGUUGCAAUCUGUUUUGAUGUUACUGUUUGGCUUUUGUUUAAUUUUGUUACUUUGCUUUGCUUUCUUUAUUUGCCGAAAUAUUGUGUAAGCUAAAACAGAACGGACCUUCGACUUUGAUAAGAAAUCUUUUAUGUUCUAAAUUUUGUUAUCGCUGCUUUGACUUGUCUCUUGUAUUCAGUUUUUGCCAACUAAGUAUCUGGUGUGUUGUUUCAUUUACGUGUACGUUUUCACAAAGCAGUUUUUAGAAAGCAAAUAAGCCAAAACGCUACUUUUCCCUCUUCAUCUCUCUCUUCCCAUCUCUUUCUGAAGGAAGUUGCGUUUUAUCUAGUUUCGUUCUCAUGUUUUGGUAAUUUUUAUGCGGUAUACGUUUUGUUGCCCGUUAGGUCUAAAGUUAUGUGUUUGUUUGUUUGUUUUUACGUACUUUCAACUGAAGGUAGUUCUGUGUUGUUACCGUUAGCGCUUCUCUCCUUCUCUUUCACCCUAUUCUACACUAGUUUCAUGUGGUUUUCCUUUCUGUUUUUGUUGCUUUCCCCACUUAUCAUAUCUCCUUUGCUUAGUUUCUCUUAAUGGCACGGACGUAAUGUGUUGUUGUGAGUGAGUG